AUGGGGCUAUCACCAUGGGAAACUAGCGACAGCCAGCUGUUCGCACUCAUCACAGGCGCAAAUAGCGGUCUAGGUUACUCAAUCGCCACUCGUCUCAUGGAUGAAUUCAUGACCUCGCCAUCAACACCCUCCAGCAAGCAUCUCAUUCUAAUCCUCUGCACACGAAGCCCUCUGAAAACGCGCUUUACCAUUUCUCGUUUACGGGCCCACCUCCGACAACUAGUCGACUACUCCCCUUUCGCCGCAGACCUCCGCAAGAAAGCGACAGCACAGGGGAAUGAAUACAGAUGGGAGGACAUGGUGCAGAGAGUACAUUUCUUGGGCGUGGAGGCUGAUCUCUGUAAUCUGAAGAGCGUAUAUGCUGUGGCUAACCAGCUGGUUAAUGGAACGGUGGGCAGCCCGGAUGCAACGACUUACGAUGGGGGCAAGCUCCCUCACGGCUCUCCAGGAACCCAGAGUUUUUCACCGGAAAUUCAGCAAGAUACCUGGGCUUUAAGCCAGAAGCCAGGAUCAACUGGUGCACACAGAUCAUGGGGUUGGGGAUUGAGCGGUAUACGGGUGCCGAGAUUGGAUGUAGUGGUUCUCAAUGCAGGAAUGGGAGGCUGGAUUGGUUUGGAUUGGUUCUGUGCUAUUAAGGAUAUCAUGUGGGAUGUCGUUGAUGCGACAACGUGGCCACGAUACAAGUUACCAAAUGUUGGAGCAGUUGUGAAGUCGCAGCUAUCUUCGAAUACAACCAAGUCUGGGGACGAACCUACACAGCCUUUGCUCUCAGGGCAGAAGAAGCCAGAUGAACCUCCUCUUGGAGAAGUAUUCUGCUCGAAUGUCUUCGGGCAUUACAUCCUUACACAUGAGCUAAUGCCCCUUCUCUCGCAACCCGCCUCGCCGUCUUCAAAGACGGGGGGUAAAAUCAUCUGGAUGUCAAGUGUCGAGGCUAUACCUCAAUCUUUCUCCAUCGAAGACAUUCAAGGUCUUAGAUCCCAGGUACCCUACGAAAGCAGCAAACGCCUCGCUGAUCUCCUUGCUCUGACGUCCGAUCUACCUUCCGUCCAACGGAUCUCUGCUCCCUUUUAUGACAGCGCUCAUACCACGACCGCCAAAAACGCGGACCAGAAAUCGAACGACAAACUAGUAAAACCUAGGAUGUACGUAACGCAUCCCGGGAUCUUCACCUCAGACAUUCUCCCCCUCAAUUUUUUCCUCAUGUUUUGCUGGAAGAUCAUAGCUCUCGUCGCGCGCUGGAUGGGAAGCCCCUGGCAUACAGGAGAUCCAUACAAAGCCUCAGUAGCACCUGUUUGGUUGGCUCUUGCGGAUCCAAAAGUACUUGAGGAUCUAGGAGGAGACAAGGCGAAAUGGGGUUCAUCAACUGAUUUUUGGGGUGAAGAGAGAGUUAGGAGGACGGAAGUUGGCGGGUGGGGAUGGGAUGGAACUGUGGGGAGUGCGGUAGAUGGGGAGAAGAGGAAGGGGAGACGGAAGGAUGCUGUUGAUGUUACCAAGGAGUCAAGGGAGGAUUUCGAGAUCUUGGGAGGGAAGUGUUGGGCGCAGAUGGAGGAAUUGAGGAGGGAGUGGGAGGGAGUUUUGGGGGUUACAGGUAAGAAUUAG